AGUUAGUAAUUUAAAUAUGCCAACAUUAUUGUCAGAAACCCCACCUUUAAUUCCUAAACUACUCUGAUCUCUCACAUUACCCACAGCUUCGAAUUCCGAUCCCAUCUUCCCCACAUUCACACACAUUUAAAUUAAACAUCCUCACUCGCAUUUCCAUCACAGGCCUAUAUACAGCUGUACCCAGCAAUCGAGCUUGGCCUUCCAUGGCGGCCACUCACAGCAGCAACACCAGGGUGAAGAAGAUGAUGACGUGUCCACGUCCUGAUCCGUUAACCAGCCAGCCAUCUAAUCUCUCCAAUUACGAAGGCUACCACGGAGACGAAACCGCUUCAGUUCCGUUCACGUGGGAAUGGCAGCCAGGUACUCCCAAGCACCCAUUCCGUGAAACCAAUAUUCCUCCUCUCACUCCUCCUCCGUCUCAUUACUCCUACGCUGCUUCUUCUUCUGCUCCGAGACCCUUUGUUAAAGCUCAUAAGAACAAGAAUUAUUCUGCUUCUAAGUCCAGUCUUUUGCAAUCUAUAUUACCCAAGCGUACCUCAAGGAAAUCGCGCGGCGCUCCUCCGCCGCUGCCGCCGUCUUCACCUGCUAAUUCUUCUUCGCCGUCUCUGUCGUUUUGUUCUUCCUCCUCAUCUUCGUCGUCGUCGUCGUAUAUAUCGUGGUGGAGAUCGCGUUCCGUGCCCUCUACGCCGAUGAGGUGUCCGGGAAAGGAGAAGGAGGAUGAAGAAGAUGUGUAUGAUGUGCCUGGCUCGGGUAUGUGUUUCGGCAACGCUGGUUUUAGGGGUCGUUAUUCCUCCAUGAUCAAGAAGGUCAUGCUCGGAGAUCUUCUGUAAAAUCUUGCUACAAAUAUUUUGUUGCUUCUUGUUUGUGAGAGCUAAUUGUACUCUGAGAGAACAGUGUGUGGCGCCCACUGUAAAACGCAAAAGCAUAUGCAUAAAUUUUAAAGGAAUCAUUUCCUUCGUUU